ACUUCGGACAACUAAAAAUAACAAGCAACAUUAAAAAGGAAAGAAAUCAACCCAGAAAUCAAAAUAUUUCCAUUUCCUCCAGAAAACCACACAAUUCUUCUUCUCCAGCAGGUAAUCAAGAAGAGAUUUCAAACUGAAAAGAGUGGAGUAUGGGGAACACCAGUACAGAUUACAGGUAGUCCUCAACUUACAACAAUUCAUUUAGUGACCUUCCGAAGUUACAAUGGACAAACUGUUUGAAUGCCCUUUCUGUGGGAAAAGCUUUAGUCAUAAUUCCCGCCUGGUUAUACACCAGAGGACUCACACAGGAGAGAAACCAUUUGAAUGUCCUGAUUGUGGGAAAUGUUUCAGUCAGAAAUCCCAGCUGAUGAUACACCAGAGGACUCACACAGGAGAGAAACUCUUUGAAUGUCCUGAUUGUGGGAAAUGUUUCAUUAGAAAACCCCAUCUUAUUAAUCACCAGAGGAUUCACACAGGAGAGAAACCCUUUGAAUGUGCUCUUUGUGCGAAAACUUUCCGUCAGAAUGCCCACUUGGUGAUACACCAGAGAGCUCACACAGGACUGAAACCCUUUGAAUGUCCUGAUUGUGAUAAACGUUUCAGUCACAAUUCCAGCCUGGUAAUGCACCAGAGGACUCACACAGGACAGAAACCCUUUCAAUGUCCUGAUUGUGGGAAAUGUUUCAUUAGAAAAACCCAUCUUAUUAACCACCAGAGGAUUCACACAGGAGAGAAGCCAUUUGAAUGUGCUCUUUGUGGGAAAAGUUUUAGACUGAAUUCUCAACUGGUGAUUCACCAGAGGACUCAUACAGGAGAGAAGCCAUUUGAAUGUCCUGAUUGUGGGAAAUGUUUCAGUGAGAAUUCCAAGCUGGUGAUACACCAGAGAACUCACACAGGAGAGAAACCGUUUGAAUGUGCUGUUUGUUGGAAAAGUUUCAGUCACAAUUCCAAUCUGCUGAAACACCGGAGGACUCAUACAGGAGAGAAAUCAUAUCAUUGUACGUAUUGUGGGGAAAGUUUCAUUAAAAAAUUGCAGCUCAUAAUUCAUCAGAGGAAACACACAGACAAACCCUUUGAAUGCCAUUUCUGUGGAAAACGUUUUACUCACAAUUCCCGCCUAGUGAUUCACCAGAGGACUCAUACAGGAGAGAAACCAUUUGAAUGUCCUGAUUGUGGGAAAUGUUUCAGUGAGAAUUCCAAGUUGGUGAUGCACCAGAAGGCUCACACAGGAGACAAGCCCUUUCAAUGUCCUGAUUGUGGGAAAUGUUUCAUUGGAAAAGCCCAGCUUAUGAGUCACCAGAAGACUCACAUAGUAGAGAAACCCUUUGAAUGUGCUCUUUGUGGGAAAACUUUCCAUCAGAAUUCCCGCCUGGUGAUACACCAGAGAAUUCACACAGGAGAGAAACCCUUCGAGUGUCCUGAUUGUGAAAAAUGUUUCAGUCACAAUUAUAGCUUGGUAAUACACCAGAGGACUCACACAGGAGAGAAACCCUUUGAAUGUCCUGUUUGCGGAAAAAGUUUCAGUACAAAUUACUACCUCGUGAUACACCAGAGGACUCACACAGGAGAGAAACCCUUUGAAUGUCCUGAUUGUGAAAAACGUUUCAGAUACAAUUCCAGCCUGCAAAUACACAAGAGGACUCACACAGGAGGGAAACACUUUGAAUGUCCUGAUUGUGGGGAAAGUUUCAUUAGAAAAUUACAGCUCACAACUCACCAGAGGAUACACACAGGAGAGAAAUCAAAAAAGAAAUCAUAUGAGUGUCCUAAUUGUGGGAAAUUUUUCAGUCGGAAUUCCGACCUAGUGACACACCAGAGGACUCACACAGGAGAGAAACCCUUUGAAUGUCCUGAUUGUGGGAAAUGUUUCAGUAAGAAUUCCAACAUGGUGAUUCACCAAAGGACUCACACAGGAGAGAAACCCUUUGAAUGUCCUAAUUGUGGUAAAUGUUUCAGUUUGAAUUCCAACUUGCUGAAACACCAGAGGAUUCACACAGGAGAGAAACCAUUUGAAUGUCCUGAUUGUGGGAAAAGUUUCAGUCAGAAAUCCCACCUCGUGGACCACCAGAGAACUCACACAGGAGAGAAACCCUAUCAAUGUUCUGAUUGUGGGAAAUGUUUCAUUAAGAAAUCCCAGCUCAUGAUUCACCAGAGGAUUCAUACAGGAGAGAAACCGUUUGAAUGUGCUCUUUGUGGGAAAAGUUUUGAUCAGAAUUCCCAGCUGGUGAUACACCGGCGGUCUCACACAGGAGAGAAAUUGUUUGAAUGUUCUCUUUGUGAUAAAAGUUUUGAUCAGAAUUCCCAGCUGGUGAUACACCGGCGGUCUCACACAGGAGAGAAAUUGUUUGAAUGUUCUCUUUGUGAUAAAAGUUUUGAUCAGAAUUCCCAGCUGGUGAUACACCAGAGGACUCACACAGGAGAGAAACCAUUUGAAUGUGCUCUUUGUGGCAAAAGCUUCAGUCACAAUUCCCACCUAAUGACACACCAGAGGACUCACAUAGGAGAGAAACCGUAUGAAUGUCCAGUUUGUGGGAAAAGUUUCAGUGACAAUUCCAACCUGGUGAAACACCAGAGGAUUCAUACAGGAGAGAAAUCAUAUCAGUGUCCAUAUUGUGGUGAAAGUUUCAUUAAAAAAUUUCAGCUCACGAGUCACCAGAAGACACACACAGGAGACAAACCUUUUGAAUGCCCUUUCUGUGGUAAAAGUUUUAGUCACAAUUGUCGCCUGGUGAUACACCAGAGGAUUCAUACAGGAGAGAAACCAUUUCAAUGUUCAGUUUGUGGAAAACGUUUCAUUAAAAAUUAUUACCUCGUGACACACCAGAG